AUGAUCUGUCUGGCCGAAGAUCGUGUAAGUAUAAAUACGCCGAGUGCUGUGUUGGUCAACUAUCAAACGCUUGACAACCAAACAACGAACAACAACAUGAAAACCUGCCUUGUGACUUUCGCAAUUUGUGCCUGCCUCGCUCUGGCCGCAGCCGAUGUUUCCCACCUGUCGAGCAGCUAUUUGCCACCGCCGAAACCGGAGCAGGUGGAGCACAUGACCAUUGAGCAGCAUGAGCUGCGUGAGCUGCCGGAGCAAGUGGACUAUAUGCGUGAGAAUGAACAGGGUGCCAUGGAGUUGACCCCAAGCAGUCAGCUUAUGCCUCCAGCUAUGCCUGAAGAGGAGCAGAUGCUGGCCAACCGCUACCUUCCUCCGACAGAGACAGUUAUGCCCGAGGCGCAGCAAAUGCCCGCCACCCGCUACCUUCCACCUGCUCCGGCAGCUAUGCCAGAAGCGGAGCAAAUGCCCGCCAUGCCUGCCACCCGCUACUUGCCCCCUGCUCAGCCCACACAAAGAGCUGAACCCGAGCCGGAGCCCAUGAUGCAGCCCGAGAUGAUGCCAGAGCCAGCCAUGGAUUACAUGCCAUCAGCUGAGAUUCAGUCCGAGGUUCAGCCUCAGGCUGCACCUGCCAUGCAUUACCUGCCUCCCGUCCAGCAGUCGGAGCAGCCUCAGUACACCUAUCAACAGUACCAAGAGCAACUGCAGCUGCAAGAACAGGAAAUGCCCUACAUUCUGGACGUGCAACAGCCCACAGUUCCCUCCGGUGCCGAGUCUCUGGCCUUUGAGCCUGAGCCAGCUCAUGAACUUCGCAACGAUGGAUAUCAUUACAAAGAGGCCGCUGAGGAGCAGCGUCUGAGGCAUUAAGUCACCUCCUGACUCAAAGGAUGAACUCAGCUUAACAAGUCAUCCACUUGUUGUUAAUUUGUUGCUUAACUUAGUAUUUUAAAAAUCGAAUAAAAAUUGUUGAAACUAAA